AUGGAUCACUUUGAACGGGAAAGCAUAAAUGAAGAAAUGAUUGAGUUUGCCAUUCAAGAGAGUAUUCAGGAUGCCUACAAGCUGCCAUGUUCAGGGAAAACAAAUAGGAAGGGGCAAAAUAGUGAAGACUUUCUGAAGAUUAUGACAGCCAUUUAUGAAGGGGAUGUGAAGGCGCUGCGGGUGCUGUCGUGUUGUGUGUCUGCCCUCACAGAGCGGGACAGCAGGGGCCGGCUGCCUCUGCAUGCAGCUGCAGAGCAGCCGCAGCCGGCCAUCCUGCACGCGCUGCUGCAGGCGAUGACAUCCAGCGGCCUGACGCUGGAGGAGAGGACGGACGGCGGGGACACGGCGUUGACUCUGGCGGCGGAGGCCGUCCUGGUGGAGAACGUCAAGAUGCUGCUGCAGCACGGGGCUUCACCACAAAACACCAACAGCAGGAACGAAUCCCCUCUACUCAUUGCGGUGAGACAGAGCUCAUACGACAUGGUUUUGUCCCUCAUCAUGGGCGGGGCCUUUGUGGAGCAGGUGUGUCUCAGUAAGUGGUCAGCCGUCCACGAAGCUGCAAAGGUCGGUUGUCCAUCUAUUCUGAUGCUGUUACUUCGACACGGCGCCAAAGUGACCGUCAGAGAUGGUCAUGGUGUGACCCCUCUGGGCAUUGCGGCUGAAUAUGGCCACGCUGAAGCGCUGGACAUACUCAUACAAAAUGGUGGUGAUGUGAAUGCCCAGGCCAGCAAUGGUGACACAGUCCUGUAUGAUGCGUCAGGCUCUGGAAACCUGGACUGCAUCAAGCUGCUCCUGCAGCACGGAGCCAGCCCAAAUGUUGCCAGCUACGCCUUUCAGCUGCCUAUCCACAGAGCCGCGUAUGAAGGGCAUAUACUAGCCCUGAGGACUCUCAUCCCCAUCACCACAAAGAGAGCAAUCCGUCUUUCAGGCCAGAGCCCGGUGCACUCUGCAGCUGACGGGGGACAGGCGGAGUGUCUGAAUCUGCUCAUCCAGAGUGCUCAUGAUGUCAACGCUCAGCUUGAUACACAUAUCUCUGAGAACUACGGGGACCUCAGAAAGACUCCGCUGUACUUUGCCGUUUCUAAUGGGGACGUGACCUGUUCGGAGAUAUUGCUGGCAGCUGGAGCAAGAACGGAUUUGGACCCUCUAAGGUGCAUCCUGGUGGCCGUGCGUGCUGAGAGAUAUGAGCUGGUGCAGCUGCUGUUAUCCUAUGGAGCCGAGGUGAACUGUUAUUUUCGAGUCAUCAACAACACAGUGUUCCCUACGGCCCUCCAGUACUGCCUCAGAGACCAAGUCAUGCUACGACUGCUCCUCAACAGCGGAUAUCGAGCCCAAAAGCACUGCAACCACGACAACAGUGAUGAACUAGACAGCACCUGGACUGACCUCCAUAACCAAGCCUACCGGAUCUACAGUCAGCCUAAAGUCAUCCCGUUCUGUGAGUUUGUGUCCGUGUCAUGGCUGACACAUCUAACGGGCAGCGUUGUGAGGAUGCUUCUGGAUUAUGUCAGCCAUGUCAGCAUUUGUUCAAACCUCAAAGGCAUCCUGAGGAGGACUCCAGAUUGGGAGGACAUUUCUGCCAUACUGAGCACGCCGCGCUCUCUGCAGCACUUGUGUCGGCUGGUUAUCAGAGGUCACAUGAGCAUCAGGAAGCUAAAUGACCCCACAGCCAUGACUGCUGUUCCUUUCCCUCCUGGCCUGACAAACUACCUGACCUACAGAGAAUAUGACCUGUAUGCUAAACUUUCGUCAACGUGAAAUGCACCUGUAACUGUGACCUCCAUGAGGAGAAACACUGAUCAAACUGGCCAGUACUCAGACACUGAUAUAUAUAUUUUUGACCAUCCAUCCAAGCAGGUUGGACAAAGAAUACAAAAAAGGCUUCUCGUGUAGCUCUUGUUCUCUCUAUGUUUGCAUUUAUGUAAGCUUUCUGUUGGCAAGUAUAUUUGGAAAAGUACCACGAGCACCAUAGAAAAAUGUAUGCAUGUAAAUGAAGCGGGUACUUUACAAAUCCUGACCACCCACACAGGCGUUCACUUCCCUCUGAUGAAAUGAUGUAGUCCCUACACAAUCCCUGUUCUCUCAGGAAUGAGGAGUUUGAGACAUGACCGAUUAACUGUAGUUUUUCAUAACUGUUCUUUGUUUUGUAAUAAAUGCUAAUAAGC